UUGUGUGUGCGGAAGCAGCUCGAUCAGAGCAGACGUCACUGAGGUAAACGUGUGUAAAUAACACGCGUUAACUAUUUAUACUCACUGUUAUUCACGCAGCGUUGCGUCGCCUUCACGUUGUUGAAACGCGGAGUUAGCCUGAUGCUAGCUAGCUCAUGCUAGUUGGUGCUAGCUCUUCUGUCCUUUCAUUGCAGGCUACCGUUGGCUAAUCGUUAGCACCGUUAGCAGGAGGAGCUCCAGACAUGGACGUCAGCAUGGUGAUGAACUGGUUCUCCAGUCCAGUCUACAGCCGCUACUGGCAGCACUACCACCAGGCCAUGUCCUGGAACCAGAAGCACCGGCGGGCCUACAGAAAGGCCCUGGAGGCCGGCUACGGGCCCGGCCACGCCCACGGCCAGGAGCCGCCUCCCAGCAGCCGCCGGCGCCACCAGCGCUACGCGGACUGGCACGGGAAGGAGAGCGCCCGGGAGGAGGAGAGCAGCUCGGACAGCGAGAUCGAGUGUGACGUCAGCAACAUGGAGAUCAGCGAGGAGCUGCGGCAGUACUUCGCCCAGACGGAGAGACACAGGGAGGAGCUGAAGAAGCAGCAGCAGCUGGAGGCCGAGGAGCAGGACAGCUACGUGCCGGCCGACCGGGACCUGCGCGCCCCCUCCUGGCGAAGCACGGCGCCCCCCCCCCACGAGCGGCCCGGCGAGAGACGCGGCGCCGAGAUGAAGAAGCUGUACGGCGAGGACGCGCCCAAGAUCCAGGCCAUGGAGGCGGCCAUGCAGCUCUCCUUCGACAGGAACUGCGACGUCAAGCAGCCCAAGUACUGGCCCGUCAUCCCGCUGAAGCUGUGACGUCCCGCGGGCAGCGAAGGGGCCGCAGAGGGUCCGGCGAGGUUGUCGUCUCACGGACGCUGCGGCGUGGGCGUGAAACGGAUUGUUGGCUGGCGGAGCCGCGGAUGAGGAAGCAGCGGUUUGGGUUCGGCCGAGGGAUGCAAGUUAUUUUAAGCCCUUUAAAAGUUGCAUGAAUUAGUGGAGCGUCACUGAGCUGUCAGCUGCUGCCCCCCCGACGGAAACACACGGCUGUGACGCGGGACUCAUGUUUGAUUUUUUUAAGGGCAGAAGCCGCCUUGUCAUUGGCUGAGGGUCAGAGGUACAGUGUAGCCCCCCCCCGCAGGUAACGUGAACACAUUCAAACACCACGUGCCUGCGUGUUUCUUUCUAAUCUGGUUUUGUUCCCCCUGCAGCUCGGUGAGGCUUCACGCUGCAGCAGCUCCUCUUGUGCCUGUCAACUCAGUUAAAGCACAGAAGCCACUCCCCCUCCACCCCACCCCCCCGUUCACGUCCUGCAUCGCUGCCUCUGAUUUGGUUGUUUCCUUCUAAACUGUGCGGCUCAGACUCUGACAUUUCAUCGGGUUAAAAGCGUUGUUGUGUGGUUUAUCAGGAGGGAUGUGGACAAGUCUCUCCGGUGUUUCCUCCGCCCGGCACAAUUUUUGUUGAAUGAAUUCUGUUUAUAAUAAAGUGGUAUUUG